AUGGAGUAUGACAACACAGAUUUCCUUAUUGCGUUCAUGGAUACACACUCGAAGGACGCUGUACGGCGACUACCAAUUUCGCGUGUUCGCGCAAUUUGCCGAACUGUCCCAACCAUCACUCUCCUUUCUGCUGAGGCGCCCCUGCUGAUCUCCAGACUUGCUGAGCUUUUUAUUGCCGACGUUACAAAUCAAAGCUACCAGAUGGCUAUUCGAAGUAACGCGACAACGGUCACAGAGGAUGACGUCGCUCAUGUUUUUAACGUCACCCCAGAGUACGACUUCCUAGCCAUUCUUAGAGCGCUCCGGAAGAAUACCAACGACUCUGCCUCUGAGAAAGAAGAGUGA